AUGCCACAAUCCAAGCCUCAUCCUGAUGCGCUCUUUUCGCUCGUGCCCCUUAAUGCUGAGGCUGCAGCCACCUUGAAACAUCCGCACAACAUUCACCUCGUCUCCGUCUUCACAGAUCCUGAGAAUGGCAUCGAAACCUUCGGAAUUGAUGUGGGUCUGCAAGUCAAUUCACCAUCAAACUAUACCCUGGCGACACUUGGGCGCAGUGGCACAGACAUCACACUGGAAGGUUCAAGUAUCUCGCGCAUCCAGUGUUCUUUUGAGAUCCAUGAAGAAUUUGGCACCGUGCUCCUCUCCGACCGAUCAACUACUCAAUCGACCCAGGUCUUCGGCGAGAAUGCUAUACCCUUCUUGUCAGGCCAAACCCGUCGAGUCAUUGUUGCCAAAGGUGUGAACACCACCUUGGGUAUGGCUGGUGCUGGAUGCCAAGUACUUCUGUUCAAGCUGGUAUGGCACAAAGAAGCCCACAACUGGAAAGACAUUGUGAAAACUCGAAUUGAAAAUCUUUGUCUCGCGCGGACGGUGGACGAUACGCCAACUGCGGCAUCUUCUAGAUACCUUACAAGGAUUCACACACAGGCUGCGUCAAGUUCAAGGUUCAGGUGUGCUCGACUCAACCGCUUAGGGGCGGGUAACUUCGGGGAAGUCUGGAGGGCGAUUGCAGCAGACUCUGGCAUGCUUAUGGCUGUCAAAACCGUGAACAAUCGGGCGUCUUGCAAGAAUGAUAUGGAAUGGAAUUCGGUGAAGCGGGAAAUCAAAAUUCUAGCCAAACUGUCUCAUCCGCAUAUUGUGGGGUAUAUAGGUGUUCAGCCGGUCUUGGAACAUGUCGACAUAUUCAUGGCCCUGAAAGAUGGGAGUGUCCAAGAUUUGGUUCAUCAAAAGGUUUUCGAGCAACCAAUUUUUCCACACCCAGCCGACUUCCUCCUUCAUCAUGUCCUAAAGGGGAUCGACUAUCUCGAGACCCAGAAUAUCGUGCAUCGUGAUCUCAAACCGGAAAAUAUCCUUUUCACCAGGACGGGAAAAUUCAACUUCCACUUCACAAUCGCGGACUUUGGCGUGUCAAAAUUCGCGAGCAAUGCCAGGACUCUGGUGGGAACGCUCCCAUAUGCAGCCCCUGAGGUUCUGUACGACACUUUUGGUCCCCAAACUUCAAAAGCAGACGUUUGGUCUCUCUUCGUCACUAUAGCCUACGUUAUUGACGUGGAUAGCUACCAGGGAAAAGGCCCUCGCACACCCAAGGAGUCGAUCAACGACGUCCUAGCUGCCGCGAAAAACGGGAAAUUGGUUGACCUCAAGACAUGGCCAUUCUAG